AAACAAAUCAAUGCUAAAUCCCAAAAAAGGAUAUUAAUUUAACAGCAUUGAUUUAUUAUAUAAGAUUGAUUUAUGCGAAACCGGGAUCAGGUCUCAUUAGCUAACCGUCAUCACAUCCACAUUGCUUUGAAUAGUCUUUCCCUCUGCCACACUCAAACGUUUUGUUCUUUAAGCAGAAAAAAUUGGGGGAAAUCUGGAAUCGAGAACUCUUCAUGGACUUCCGCAGUAGAAGGGUUCAAUUUCUUCUCUUCGCUAUAGGAAUCGUCGCUCUCAGUAUCACAGCGGAAAAAUGUCGGGAACUUGUUGGAGAAGAAGCUGCGUCAAAGAGUGGACAGUUUACAUUCCUGAACUGCUUUGAUAUGAGUUCAGGAACCGUAGCCUGUGCGGUCAAAGAAGGCGUGAAACUCUAUUUCUACAGCAUAAGGUCUAUCCACGUCGAGAAAGCGCGGAACGUCGCCAUCGAGAAAGCCUUGCACGAGGCGUUGGUAAAAGGCAUGGCUGCGAACGAAGCAGCCAAAGACGCUCAGAACGCGGGCGCGAAAGCGGCUAAAAUGGCGACACGGCAAGCGAAACGGAUCAUAGGACCGAUCGUAGCAGCCGGGUGGGAUUUCUUCGAGGCGCUUUACUUUGGAGGGACGUUGACCGAAGGGUUCUUGCGUGGCUCGGGAACUUUAGUCGGUGCUUAUUCGGGAGGGUAUGUGGGAGAGCAGAGGUUUGGGAGAUUCGGUUAUCUUGUGGGAAGUCACUUGGGGAAUUGGAUCGGUGCAAGAGUUGGACUGAUGGUUUAUGAUGUUGUUAAUGGGGUGAAUUUCUUUCUUGAGGCUUAUCAAUCUGGAGAAAGUUAUGAGGAUAAGUCUACUUAUGAAACUGAGGAGAAUCAGUCGACAUUUGAAACUUCUGAGGAGGAUCAGUCUACGUAUAAAACUUCUGAGGAGGAUCAGUCUACGUAUGAAACUUCUGAGGAUCAGUCUACAUAUGAAACUCCAAGUUACGAGCUGUAGAAGCUUCCUGGAUUGACCAUGGCCUAGGAAGCUUUUGAAGAUGAAUAGAUUUGCUCUAGAAGAUUCUGGAAUGUUUGUUUGUGAUACGUUUGACAUAGUUGUAUAGACCAAAAGAGUUCCAACAUUGCUUAUUUAAAGUUAUAAUUUGUUCCUGUUUGA